CCGCCUUUUUCUCUCCUUUUACUGCUUCUCUUCUACUUAUUCGGUUCUACUCUAUCUUUUUUGUUUUUAUCUUUUCCUUCACCACCAUGAUUGCCCAUAACUUUUCACAGCAAAUGCAAGAUGAUAUUUCGAAAGCUCGACAGGCGGCUACCUUUCCGGUGAUGGCCAUGUCGUAUUUUAUAUGGGAUGGCCGAGAGAAUUUUGAGACCCGCAGAAAAAUUGGCCAAAUCAUGGCAAAUGAACCUGUCUUUGAUCAGCUGAAGCUGCAUUUCAUGGAGCGACAAGAGCAUGUAUAUAACGGUAUUUUGGUUGCAAAGCGAAUGAUCGAAUUGAAAGAAAAGCAUCAGUGGUCCGAUAAAGAAUUUAAUCUCGCGCAUGGAUGGGCGGAAAUGCUGUCACCGUUUGGUCUUCAUUAUGAGGCUUUCAUGCCGGUCAUUCAAUCCAUGGGGACGCCCGAUCAGCGUGCAAAGUGGCUCGACUUGGCAGCCAAGCAUGCAAUUAUCGGAUGUUACGCCCAGACUGAACUAGGCCAUGGUUCGAACGUCGCCGGCCUGCUGACACGCGCAACCUUUGAUCCGGCCACAGACGAGUUCGUUAUCCACACACCUGAUUUAACCGGUGCCAAAUGGUGGAUUGGAGGCUUGGGUGUCUUGGCCACCCACGCCGUUGUACAGGCUCAACUUGUCAUUGGUUCAAAAUCGUAUGGUCCCCAUAUUUUUAUUGUCCCCAUCCGCAGUCCUGGGGACCAUCGACCUGUCAAAGGAGUUACGGUGGGCGACAUUGGGCCCAAGGCCUACGGCGGCUUUGCUGCCCAAGACAAUGGCUAUGCUCUUUUCGAUCAUGUCCGUAUUCCUCGCGACAACAUGCUUAUGGGUUUGGCCAAAGUAACAAGGGAAGGACAAUAUAUUCCCGCCGUCCAUGAUAAAUUAUCCUACGGUAGUAUGGUGAAACUUCGCGUGGACAUUGCACACCAUUCUGCCAUCAUAUUAGCCAAAGCAGUGACCAUUGCCAUUCGUUACUGCACGGUUCGACGCCAGUUUCAUCCGCGUUCCAGGCAAUCUAACGAUAGCCAGACUUUGGAGAAUCAAGUGAUUUCUUACUCCUCCGUGCAGCAUCGUCUCUUCCCUCUUGUAGCGACCGCCUACGCUUUGUACGUUGCAGCCAAGGAUCAAUUGAAAGACUAUAAGCAAAUGAUGCUGGAACUCCAACAGGGAAAUGCACGUAUGCUCCCUGAAUUACAUGCGACAGCAUGUGCUUUGAAAGUCUGGAGUGCGCGAAAAGCCAGUGAAGGGGCUGAAGAGUGUCGCAGAGCUAUGGGAGGACAUGGGUACUCGGCCUUCAGUGGCGUAUCCUUCCUCUUUGCCAAUUCUGUCCCGGCUAACACGUACGAAGGCGAUAAUUACGUGUUGGUCCAGCAAACCGCUCGCUUCUUACUGAAACAGCUUCAACGACUCUCCGAAGGGCACAAUGUGUCGGCUCAUACAGCGUCUUACCUGAAGAAUCCCGUACUCGAUGGACAUUCCGCUUUUGUUAUUAAUGAUGCCAAUACUUUGUUUGAUAGCAAUAUACAGUUGAAUGUGUUCGGCACGCGAGCGGCUCGCCUUGUACAUGAUUUGUCACAACAGCUUCUUUCCAAUGUUCCCUGGGCUGAUCUGAACAUGGAAUGCUGGGAAGUGGCGACGGCUCACGCCGAAUACAUUAUUAUGGGACAAAUGAUCGAAAAGACAAACGCACUUCAAGCGGCCUCUGAUCCUUUGGCGCCCAUCUUUAAGCAGAUGACUAACUUGUUGUUCUUGUCAUUGCUGUCUCAAUCCUCGCUGAGCAGUUUCCUUUCCACCGGCACCAUUGAGCAUGGAACGCUCAACCUCAUUCGAAAGGAAUACCGCGCCUUGAUCGCUUCAUUUGCCAAAGAAGUGGUCGCAUUGACAGACGCAUUUGAUUUCUCGGACUCCCAGCUAGGAACAGUGUUGGGCAGAGAAGAUGGCAGAGCCUAUGAAGGAUUUUGGGAGAUGGUGCAAAAUAACCCGCUCAAUUCAGACGAAAACAGAGAAAAGUUUAGUGAUCUUGUCAAACAAGUGCUGCACCGAAACGACAAUUUAUCCUUGAUUCAGAAAGCCAAAUUGUAAAAAUCCCUGACCCUCUACUGUGUUUUUAUCCGGAGCAACGACUGUCUGCGCAGAACAGAAUCCAGCCGUUACUGCUCAGAAUGCACUUGAAAAAAAAAUGAUCGAUGCGGCGUCAAUACCAGCUGAUAUUUUACAGUAAUAAAACACCAUACCAGAAACUGGCUGCAUAAAAUGCAAGUUUUACUUUUA